AUGACACUGGUGGAUGGACCUACUGGAGACAGUGACGAUAUGAUCUGUGUGGCAUAUCGGCAUCAGUUUGAUUUAGUUAAUGAAAGUAUUGGGGAGUCCUAUAGACUGCAUCAUGUUGAAGCAAACAAAGUAAAUUUUGUUGCAGCUAUUGAUGUAUAUGAAGAUGGUGAAGCUGGCCUACUGUUAUGUUAUAACUAUGUUUGCCAAUAUAGAAAGGUGUAUCCUUUUAAUGGAGGUUCUCCACUCGUCCAGUCAUCGGCUUACGACUUUCACUUUAUCUGGAAUCAAGUUCCUUAUGCUGUUGUCUGUGCUUUCCCUUCUAUCCUUGCCUUCACUACUGAUUCCAUUGAGAUCCGAUUAGUGGUGAGUGGAAACUUAGUCCACACAGCAGUUGUGCCUGAGCUUCAGCUUGCAGUAUCAAGGUCAGAUAUUUAUUUGAAAGCUACUGCUGCAGUAAGGGGAUCAUCUCAUAGCAGUUCUAAGGAAAUGAGUUCAAGUUCUCCUCAAGCACCGACGGCUUAUGAAAUACCAGAAUGUCCUCUUUCUUCUUCAGAAGGUGAAGUUCCAGGCUGGAGAAGUGGGCCCACGUGAACCUGAUGAGGUUCAACAAGUCCAAGUGCAAGGUGCUGCACCUGAGUCAGGGAAAUCCCAGAUAUGAGGACAGACUAGGAGAAGCACUCAUUGAGAGCAGACCUGCAGAGGAGGACUUGGGAGUUCUGGUGGACAAAAGGCUCGACAUGAACCAGCAGCGUGCACUUGCAGGCCAAAAGGCCAACUGCAUCCUGGGCUGUAUCAACAGAGGAGUGGUGUCCUGGUUUCAGUUAGAACAGAAUUUUCUUCCUAGUAGCUGGUGGAAUGC